UGAGAGUCAGUCAUCACACCUCCUCCUGAUCAUCAUCAGUGCUGCUGCUGGAUGAGCCGUGGACCUGCUCUGUUAUUCUGACAGAUGAGUUUGUGAGCUGUGCAGAGGUGAAAAUGAAGAGCUCCCUGGGGAUCUGUCUGGUGAUCUGCUGCACUCUGAUCGGACUGGGAUCAGCCAUCCGCUGUUACAGCUGUAAGGACUACACAGCCAGCUGCACCAAAGAGCGAGAGUGUAGCUAUGACGACGCCUGCCUCACGCUCAGGGAGAGAGGUGGGAUGACGUACCGUCAAUGUAUGAAGUACUCGGACUGUGAGUACGGCCGGCUGGCACAGAUGUUCCCCCAGGUUUCCAGUUUUACCUUCAAGUGCUGCAACUCUGACCUGUGUAACUCCGCCCCCUCCUCGGCAACAAGCUCUGUGAUUGGUGUACUGGCAUCGCUGGCGGUCAUGUGGUGGUGCAUCCACUGAAGCGCGACCUGAGCAGCUCUGCGGUGCCCCCCUGAGUCUUCUUUAACCACAGCAGCUUCUCAUCAAUCGCAGUACUGAUGCUCACUGAUCAAUCAGCCAGUCCUCCUCACUCUGUUACAUUAUUGAUAAUUAAUCGAUCAGUUUCAGCUUUAAAGAUCCAACAUCCCGACCUUUGAUCGAUCACGAAGCUCCCAUAAAUGUUUAAAAAUGAAUCCUGCAGCAUCCCAGCUGCUGAUCAAACAUGAAUAUUCAGCCUGAUCGAUCGCUGAUCAGUCACAUCUCAGCAAAGACGCAUCACAAACACCUGAAGACUGACCGAGACCUGCACUGAGGGAGUGAUUGAUGUUUCAGGCCAGUGUCUGUGAGAAAACAUGAAGAUUUUAUUCAUUUUAACCCACGUGUACUUCACUCUUACACACUACAGCUUCAACAUAGCGCUUUCUGCUGUUCUCAGUCAGAUUUUCAAAAUAAAAUAAGUUGUGAGCAGCUCCCUGUGACUGUCUCUGCAUCACAGACAGCAACUUAAAUCAGACAGAUUCUCAGGCAGGUUCUGACUGGGUUUCUCUCUGCUCGGUUUCUCUCUGUCGGGUUUCUGGAGGUUCGGUUAUGGAUAAGAAGUGGAAGCCUCUCUGAUUCUGAACGUUGUGUCUGAGCUGAUAUGUGACUGAGGUUUAACUCUCUGUAGAAGCCUGAAGGCCUUCCUCGAAGCAGCUGCUUAAAUAAAACUAAAACCCUUAAAUGAUGAUUUGUGUGGCGUUUGUUCGGCUGCUGUUUGCAGAAGCACAAAGCACAAGAGGAAACCUUCAGUAAAGUCACAGCUAACGCCGAGCCCUGAAAGCUGCUCUCACUCAUCUCUGUGUGCAUGAAUAAAGGUUUCUGCUCCUGUCUUUCAAAAUAAAGUCAAAAUAAUGUUAUCUCUGAUGGUGUGACUACAUUUGAAUGAUUAAAGGCCUUCUGCUGCUUUCAGAGCAGUCUG